GCGGCAACUGAGCCUGUCUAAACUAGCAAAACUAAACAAUAGACAUUAUGUAUGUCACACAGGGGCAUUUAUGGCGCGAUGUAACCCCUGCGGCGGGGCUAAAUGCCUCGCGACACAAGCGCCAAUGGCAGCCAAUAAGCAAAUGGAGGCACCGAGCUUUGAUGAACGUUUCGUAGAUCCAUUCAACAACUUACAUGGAGGAUAUAAGGUGGAAUUCGAAAGGCUAGAUGAUCUCAGUGCACAAAUAACGCAAGUAGAUACAAACAUCAAGUCACCAGUGGACGGUAGUAGCGUUAAAUUCCUAGUUGUCCCACAGGAUGUAAUACAGAAACUGACUGAACAAGCUUUUGUAGAAAUUAUGCACUAUCUCAGACCGCAGCACUUACAACAGCUGCGCAAUAUACUGGAUGACCAUGAAGCCAGCAAUAACGAUAGAUUCGUAGCAAUGCAGCUACUCAAAAAUGCCUGCGUUGCAUCGGGAAAGGUACUACCAGGAUGCCAAGAUACAGGAACUGCAAUUGUACUAGGUAAACGGGGUAACAGGAUAUAUAGUGAAGGUGAUGAAGCAGCAAUAGCAAAGGGGGUGUAUGAGGCAUAUGUUAACAGAAAAUUCAGAUACAGCCAAAUGGCACCUAUCACAAUGUUCGAUGAAGUUAGCACAAAAUGCAACCUACCAGCACAAAUAGAGAUAUACUCCAAAGAAGGAAGUUUCUACGAUUUCCUGUUCAUAGCAAAGGGUGGAGGAUCUGCCAAUAAAACAUUUUUAUACCAACAAACUAAAGCGGUGCUCAACCCUAAUGUGCUCAUCGAUUUCCUCAUGGACCAAAUCAAGACCAUAGGCACAUCAGCAUGCCCACCGUAUCACCUAGCAGUAGUUAUUGGAGGGCUGUCAGCUGAAAUGACUUUAAAAACCGUAAAGCUAUUAAGCUGUAAAUACCUAGAUGGACUGCCUACUGAAGGAACGCAAUUCGGAACAGCGUUCCGUGAUAUUGAAUUGGAGAAUGAAAUACUAAAUAGAACAAGGUCUAUUGGAAUAGGAGCACAAUUUGGAGGCAAAUACUUCUGCCACGAUGUAAGGGUGGUAAGAUUACCAAGACACGGUGCAUCGUGCCCUAUCGGAAUAGGUGUAUCAUGCUCAGCAGAUAGACAAAUAAUGGCAAAAAUCAAUGAAACGGGAGUUUAUAUCGAACGGUUGGAGCAUGACCCAGCACAGUACCUGCCACCAAUAGAUAACAACCAGGAAGGUGAAGAAAUACAUAUUAACCUAGAUGCUGGUAUGGAAAACGUACUCAAACAAAUAAGGGAGCUGCCAAUAAAACAACGUGUACUCCUCAACGGAACCGUUAUCGUCGCCAGAGAUAUCGCACAUGCAAAACUUAACCAAAUACUGGAAUCAACAGGUGAUAUACCAGCAUACGCUAAACAGUAUCCAAUCUACUAUGCAGGACCCGCCAAAAAACCAGAUGGGCUUGUUAGUGGCUCAUUCGGGCCUACAACAGCCGGAAGGAUGGAUAGCUAUGCCGCAAAGUUCAUGGAAAAGGGGGCAUCACUUAUAACACUGGCUAAAGGAAAUCGCUCUAAAGCAUUUGCCAACGCCUGUAAGAAAUACAAAGGUGUCUACCUGGGAUCGGUGGGAGGACCUGCAGCCCUAAUAGCACAACAAUGUAUCACCAGCGUGGAAGUAGUAGACUUCCCCGAACUAGGAAUGGAGGCUGUACACAAAAUUACAGUCAAAAACUUCCCAGCGUUCGUCGUAGUGGAUGCCAACGGCAAUGACUUCUACCAGGAAUGGUGUGGAUAAAAAUGUGUACAGAACAUAGAUAAUG